GGUGCUUAGGUCACGUGAUCAAACAAACAUGGCAGACAUCAGGUUUCUUUCGUAGCAGUAGUGAAUCUCUCAUAGCCGGUUCAUUUUGUCAUUUUUGUUGUUUCCUUAUAGCAAGUCUUAAGAGGUGAAAGCUGGAAGUCUCUUCAGCUCUUAUUUACAAGAAAGGAACUGUAGUUUCUGAGAUGAUGACCUUCCAGCAUAUAUGUCAUACACCAAGUCUUCCAUCCUAAUGGAAUGUGCAGACUUUUCUGAAAGUUACCAACCCAGAAAUAACACUCCUACAGAGAAAGUAUUUGAAGUCUCAAGGACUGAGCACAUAAUUGCGAGAAAACUCAAAAGUGUUUUCUCUUUCUUCUUUCCUUUGUUUGUCUCAGAAUUUUCACUGACAACCCAUGCCUGGCAUUCAACAAAGUUUGUCUACUGCCUCACUGUCAUCAAUGGAUAGAGACAUAUCCCUGAACUCAUUAACACUAAUGAAUGGGCAACAAAGCAGUGUUUCAACCCUGCAGCAGAAAUUCAAGCCCUCACAUCCCUUUGAAGAUGAUUGCAGACAUCUUAUUGAACUAUCUUCAAAACAGGCUGAUUCUUCCUUAAGUAGACUGAGAGCAUCUUCUGUCAAAAAGAAAAAGCGACGGAAACAACAAAUCACUGCCAAUUUAACUCAAUCACGAUAUGAAGUUGUGCGGUAUGCUGCUGAAAAAAUGGGAUUCACCAUUUCAAGGGAUGAUGAUCCUUUUUCGUACUUGAUGUGGUCUGACGCUUAUGUCUCUACCGAUCGUAUAGCUGAUCUCAAACCAUACCAGCGUUUGAACCACUUUCCUGGCAUGGGUGAGAUAUCGCGCAAAGAUAGCUUGGCCAGGAACUUAGUAAAGAUGCAGAAGGAAUUUCCAGAAGAGUAUAAUUUUAUCCCACGCACAUGGAUUUUGCCAGCAGAUUAUGCAUCACUGCAGAUUUAUGCCAAAAGUAUGCGUUCUAGGAAAAAAAUGAAGACUUACAUCGUCAAACCAUCCAAUGGGGCUCAAGGUCAUGGAAUCAACUUGUACCGGAAUGCAGAGAAGAUCCCAGCAUCUGAACAUUUUAUUGUGCAACAGUACAUUCACAAGCCACUGCUUCUUGAUGGCUACAAGUUUGAUCUUCGUGUGUAUGUACUAGUGACGUCAUGUGACCCUCUGCGUAUUUUUCUCUUCAAUGAUGGGCUUGUUCGUCUUGCAACAGAAAAAUAUCUCCUGCCUCAUGAAUCAAACAUCAGUCAUCUGUACAUGCAUCUGACAAACUAUUCAGUGAACAAGCACAACGAGUUCUACAAAAAGAAUGUAUCACCAGAUGCAGGAAGUAAGCGCUCCAUCCGUUAUUUCAAUGAGCACCUACGUGAAAAGGACAUUGAUGUAGCCCUGUUAUGGCGGAAUAUAGCUGACAUGAUUAUCAAAACCCUGUUAGUGGCAGAGCCACAUGUACUUCAUGCAUAUCGAAUGUGUCGACCUGGCGUACCUUCCUACACUGACAGUGUGUGUUUUGAGGUGCUGGGAUUUGAUGUCUUGAUCGAUCAGAAGCAACGUCCUUGGCUUCUAGAGAUUAAUCGAUCACCAAGUUUUGGAACCGAUGAGCAGCUGGACUUUGACAUCAAGUCAGCUUUGCUAGUGGACACCUUUAGACUCCUCAAUAUGAAAGUCAGUGACAAGCGACGCAAUAUUGCAGCACAGAAGGCGGAAACCCAACGUCGCCUGUUCAAGGGCUUCAAGAAAGCAGACGGCUUGCCCAUUAAUGACACAAAAAAGAUAAAGAACGUGGAGAAGAAGAAAGAGGAGCUGAAUGAACUUCUAACAAGGAUACGCAAAGCCUCUUUCUUGGAAGACUUUGAAAACCGUAACUGUGGUGGAUUCCAUCGAAUCUUCCCUUGUGAUGAUCAAGUUCGCCAUGCCAAAUACUGCCAGAUGCUUGAAGCCUCAUUUAACCUUUUCCUUUCAGGCCGUGGAAAGAAUAUACAUAAGGAGAUAGAAAAGAAUUACAACAACAAACUUCGGGAAGACGAUGUCCUUGACAUGAUUGCAGAAUGCGAAGCUGAAGAAAAAGGAAUAAAGACACUGGCUGGAUUGCAGGCACCUGGCCUGAGAGGCCCUAAGUUAACAUCUGAAACAGGACUACAGAAACUUCUUUUACUGCUGUUGCUUGUCCAGUUGCAUGAGAACUGGAUACACAAGCCCCGAGUAGCCUCAUACUGGCUUGUCAAACUUGACUCCAUCAAAAGAAGAAAGGUUAUUGACAUAGUGCGCAGCAAUGUGAAGGCAGUGCUACAAAGAAUAUGGCGAUGUAUGGAUAUCGACAGCUUGAGACUUUGCCGCAUCUUUAGUCGCAUCUUCAACCGCUUGCUAUGGAGCCAUGGCCAGGGCUUGUGGAACUGCUUUUCUCCCAUCAAUGGGAACUCUUGGGAAAAAAUCUUCAGCCAUAGUUCUGAAGUAGUAAGUGAAAUGGAAAUGAACUGUUGCCGUCGUAUUGUUCAGCUGUGCCAGGAUUGUCUUCUGAUAGUGUACCAGUUUGCAGCAGAAGCCAGAAGUGUGGCAGCUACAGCAUUUCAGGCCCAGGAAGCAGAUGAGACUUCUCAGGUGCAGCCACAGAAUGGAUACUUGGCCGCACGUGAUGCAAAAGCUCCCAGUCCAUGGAAUCCACAGACCUUUAGCCAGCGCUAUACUAAACUUUAUUUUGGACGAGCAGAACUAGGCUCUUGACUGUUGUCAUUCCUAUGAGUCUCUGAUGUCAGACCAUCAGGAUCAUGCCAAGAAUAACUUAUUUUCUCACAAGAAACCUUUGGAGGCCACUGUCCAUGAUUGUUCUGCUGGCAAAUUGACUCCUGUCAUUUCAGUAAUUCUAGAAUAAGGAGCCACUUGGGUUGUUUUUUUUUUUUUUUUUUGUAGAUGCAAAUUUAUAGAAAUCUUAUAUUUUUUAUCAGCUGCUUUAUACUUAUUUUAAAAAUACCUUGUUGCAGAUUAAUUUAAAAGAAUAUUUUCUCAAUGUUAUCAAAAUUGGCUCCUCCAGUGGACCAACAGAAUUAUGUUUGAGACAUUUAGGGGACUAUAUAUCUCCUGUCUAAAGGUAUUAAACAUAAAAAAAAAUAAAAUUGAUAAGUGCUUGUUCAUGGCUUGAAAGAAAAAACGGAUAAAUUUGGAAUAAUCUUUUGUCUAUUCCAUUAGUAGCAUAAUGCAGCAAUCACUCUUUUCUUUGUCACCAACACUAGUAGUUUUCCAUGCCGCUAGUAUGAAACACUAUUGAGAGAAACAGUAGUUAUAAAAGGCUGUUGAAUCUGACAAUUGACAAUUUGAAGUUAUGCUUUUAUCAACUUUAUUAUUAUUGUUAUAUUGGAUAUUUUCAGCCUCAAAUGUUAUCAGGCAUUUGUCCACAUUGAAAACUUACAAAUUAUCAGUGAAAAUAAUUGAUAGAUAGUCUACAGCAACUAGUCUAUAAAUGCUGUGGUUUAACAGAAACACUGGCAUAAUUUGUCACCAUAGCCCACUCUAAUAAAAUUAUUUAGGAAAACAGGCACCUCAUUGCUCAGUACUUUGUCCUCCUACCCUUCUCCAGAUUCUUUAAAGCCUUUCUCUUUAGCUAAAAGGAAAAGGUACAGUAACAUCCAACUGUGAAAAAUUUGAUGUAGCCACCUGUUAGUAUAUAUAGCCAUAAAUGUACAUAUAUAUUGGUUUUGUAUGUACCAUGUGUAAUGCAGGGGUGUGUGUAUGUGUGUCCGAGCGAUACAUACAAGUUUUGUAUGUAUGCGACUGAGCAUGUGAUUUUAUGUGGGUGUGAGAAAUUAACUGCUGCUUAUGUAUGACUGACUUAUGAUACUGAGUUUUUUGUCCUUCCUUCCUUUUACAGCAUGAAGAUGUACACCACACGAGAAUUUGUCAGUGUUCACACUGACAUAAUAAGGUUGAUUUGUCUUUCAUGUCAAAAUAUUUCUUAUUAUAUAUAGUCAGUUAAGAGGGACGGCAGUUUUCAACAGAAUAUUUCUGCUGGAGUAUAACUUUUGCGUACAAUUAAAACUGAGAGCUGAGGUGUGUUUGAGACAGUGUUUGGCCUAUUUCACUCUAAAAUUUUGGGAAAUGUUUUUUGGUUUGUAAAGCUUGUUGAAAAAAAUAAAAAAAAGAGUCACUGAAUUUUUUUUUUUAAAAGUGCAAUGUUCCACAAGGAUAUCACGGUGGGUAAUUUAAGUCAAAAGAUCUGUUUACAAACUUAUGCUAUUAUGAUUACACUAACAGCCAUGCUGCUUGAGGAGAUGAAGUGAAGUAGGCACCUAAUUUGAGAGGCCAACACAAGGCUUAUUAACAGAUGAAGAAACACACACCAUGAUAAUGUGUAUGCAUGUACUGCAUUUGCACAUGUGUGAGUGAGAGAGAGAAGGGGGGAAAUGGAACUUUGAUCAUAGUUGCUAAUUUUGUGCACACCACGCUUGAUAGAUCAUGAACAUAGGACGAUAAAAGCAAGAGCUCUAAAUCUCAAUAUUUAAAAAUAUUAAAACACUGAAAAAUGAAUUUUACAACUUUCGUCAGCUUCGCCCAUUUAAUGUCUGCAAGAUAGUCACCUUGCACUGACUGGUGAUAACAUUUGUACUUUUGACCUUAAGGAAAAGUUUAGUCCUCCACUGUUUUGCUGGCUUUUUAAAAAAAAAACUGUUUCUACAAGAGGUUUAGUGAGAUUAUUUUACCAAUAUGCUUUUUGAUGUGACAUUUUUAAGAGGCAACAUUUGAUUAAAAUUUUUCUUUCUUUUGGAAUGUUUUUGCCAUUUGAUUUUGACUGUUUGAAUAACUCUUCAAAAAUAAAAAAGAAACUAAGUG